AUGCAAAACUUGCAAGUAGUACGGCCCUCUUCCACAAUCUCGGUCAUCGCCAACCCCUUAUCAUUAUCACCAAACACCAAUACAGUGUGGCGAGAGCGACGUGCAUUUGCCUAUUAUCUUGAGUGUGCUUCCUCCUCGAUCGGUGGUAGGUUGGAUGUUGAUUUCUGGCGCACUAUCGUCCCACAGGUUUGCCGCUAUGAACCUGCUGUUUGGGAUGCCAUCAUCACCAUUAGUGCGCUAUUUGAGUGCCCACAACAGUGCCCAGAUUCGGUGAUACACCGCCAUGAUACUCAUGUUUCUCUCACCAAAAAUCGUCAAGACGCUUUGGGCUGGUAUUCGCGCUCGGUAUCUGCUGUUCGCCAGCGCAUCGAGCAGGGUAGCGUAGACGUCUUUGUCGGAUUGAUCACUUGUGUGCUUUUCAUCUGUAUUGAGGCUAUCGAGGGAAAUGCAGAUGGCGCAGUGCAGCUUUAUCGUCAAGGCGUGCAGCUCAUUAUCGCUUUGCGUUCCCGAAUAGCAUCUGGGGCUGCGAGUAAAACUUCAUUGUUGGAGGAUACUAUUAUCCCUAUCUUCAUCCGAUUGGGAACAUUCGCUCUCGCCAUUGGUGGGGCUCCUGUGACCGCUUUACUACGAGACAGUGGACAUGCCUUGACGGGUCAGUUCAACUCACUCAAGUCUGCCCGGGAAGCGAUCGUGCUCUUAGCUAUAGAGAUCCCGCUCUUUGAAAGCGCUUGCAUCAAGCACUCACUCCAGGCUCACGUCUCUCAUCUGCCUGAAGAAUUCAAUACUAGACUAUUCGGUCUGUCUACCAGACUGAGGAACUGGCAUACUGCCUUUGAUAAGUUGAUGACAGUCCUUCGCGCCAAAAGCCUUUUAUCGUUGCAAGAGAUUGGUACCAGUGCCCUUCUGUUGAGUUAUCAUGAAAUGCUAUAUGUCAUGCUCGAGACCUGCACGUCAUUGUCGUUGAUGCAAUUCGACGCCUAUCUACCAAACUUCCAAAAUAUUGUUGAACAAUCUGCCAUUGCACCCAAAGCCUCGGUGCGAUCCGAUGGCACCCAACCACCAUUCACGUUUGACAUCAAUAUUUGUCUUCCGCUUUGGUUCACCAGCCUUCGAUGCCGUGAGCCGCGUACCCGACGCGCGGCACUGGCUCUACUCCGUCAAGCGCCCUCGGUUCAAGGGUUUUAUCAGUGCUCUAUAUGGGCAGCCGUGGGCCAAACGGUCAUGGAGCUGGAAGAAUCACAUGCAAUGGCGAUGAAUGCAGUCCAUCAUACGUUCAAUUCCGGUUCACUGGAAUCAACAGACGGACCGAUUCCCAGUUCCGAACUUGCCGCAAGCUCAUAUUCAGCUCAUGCUGAUACGGGACCGAGAAUAUCAACAGCACUGUUUAUCCCAGAAGAGGUGCGUAUUGGACCCAUUUCUGCUUUUCGGCCAAUGGAUGGGUUUCCACCUGGAACCACAGAGGCAGAUAUCGCGAAGUGGAACCGGGGCCCUGAUCAAGUCUUUCUGCGGAUUUCUCGAAAUGAGCGCGGUCUGACUGACAAUGCUUGUCGGAUGGUGUACGAAUGCGUUCCCCUUGACUUUUGA